CUCGCGUCACCCCGCCCUCCUGUCAGGUCGCCGGCCGGCCGGUCGGGCUCUCGCUCCUGUUGGAUCCCCGCCGCCGGCGCCUUCCUCCUCCUCCUCUUCCUCAUGCAGCCCGCCCGGGCUCCCGGGGCCGGCGAAACCAUCCCUGCGCCCGCUGCCAUCCAGAUCAGCAGGAUUAUGCGCCCAGAUGAUGCUAACAUCGCAGGCAACGUCCACGGAGGGACCAUAUUAAAAAUGAUCGAGGAGGCAGGAGCCAUCAUCAGCACCCGCCAUUGCAACUCACAGUCUGGGGAGCCCUGUGUGGCCGCCCUCGCUCGUGUGGAGCGCACAGAUUUCCUUUCUCCGAUGUGCAUUGGCGAAGUGGCCCACGUCAGUGCCGAGAUCACCUACACGUCCAAACAUUCUGUAGAAGUUCAGGUACAGGUGGAAGCCGAAAACAUCCUCACAGGUGCUAAGAGAGUGACCAACAAGGCCACGUUGUGGUACGUCCCUCUUUCUCUUCAUAAUGUGCACAAGGUUUUGGAAGUGCCCCCCAUUCAGUUUGCAGGGAAGGAACAGGAGGAAGAAGGGAGACGACGCUAUGAACAGCAGAAACUGGAGCGCCAGGAAACCAAGGAGAGGAACGGCGAUAUCAUUCUGCCUGUGAUCAAUCCAGACAGGCAGAGUAAAGAGCCCUACACUGUUGGAUACAGCCAGUCAAGUCUGAUCCAUCUGGUGGGACCAUCUGAUUGCACCAUGCAUGGAUUUGUACAUGGAGGCGUGACGAUGAAACUCAUGGACGAAGUAGCCGGCAUCGUUGCCGCCCGGCACUGCAAGACCAACAUCGUGACCGCCUCUGUGGACGCCAUCAACUUCCACGAGAAGAUUAGAAAAGGGAGCGUGAUCACCAUUUCUGGCCGCAUGACUUUCACGAGCAACAAGUCCAUGGAAAUUGAAGUCUUCGUCGACGCCGACCACUUCGUGGGUGAGGCCCAGGAACGGUACCGGGCGGUCAGUGCAUUUUUCACCUACGUCUCCCUAAGCAAGGAGGGAAGGCCGCUCCCGGUCCCGCAGCUGGUGAUGGAAACGGAGGACGAGCGGCGACGUUUUGAAGAAGGGAAGGGCCGUUACCUUCAGACGAAAGCCAAGCGCCAGGCACAAAUGCAGCCGCUGACCCAGCAGUGACGUUCGGCCACUUCUGGAUGAGAGACAUCGUCAUUCCGUUUGUUGACAAACCAUUCCAUAGACCCAGUUGGAGGGGGGCGGUGUGACAAGCUCCUGGGGCCCAUCACCUUCUCCUUUCCAGCAAAAACCUAUCCCAUGUUCUCUGUCAUCAUCGUAGCUACCCGGUGGGUAUUUUAGGAAGCGUAGGGCGUGCUGGGGGGGACAUAGCUGAGCCUGGGACAAAACAGAGAUGGGCCAGGUGGACCAGCCGGACAGGUGUUUCUGUAGAUGCUUGAGGUUGAGGGUAGAAAUGUCCAGCUCGAGAAAGAACCGUCUUAACCACGUGCUUUAAUUUCACGCCCAUGAACACCAGGCCCUCUCUUGAUGGCCAUCUCGAGCUCAGGGGUCCUCCCUUGCUCCCUUCCGUCCAUCUUCAGUGUAUGUAUCCGUGCAAAUGUAUACGUGUGCCUAAUUUAUUCAGUGACAAUUGCAAAUAAAGGUUUGGUGCCUUUAGCGGA